CACAAAUCUGCAACUGGAUUCAUAGCUCUCCCAAGCAAAGGAGAAGAUGAAUUGCAACUGAUCGUACAAUCUCUUCAGCCACAAGUGUGAAGUGUUUGUCUGACAAUGAACAACAUCCGCUAGUAUUUUCGAACGCUCAUCAUGGCCGCUCAACGAACAUGCAUCCUACGCUCAUUUCCACUUUCAGGCGCUCAGCGGUCGGCCCGACUACAUCAAGCCCCCAUCGCAUUAGCUCGCGUGCUGAGGCAUUGCCAACCCAUUGUGCCCGACCAACAACCUCUCGAAACCUCCCAUCUCAAUCCUCUACCGGACGAUUACUCUCGGUUUAUAUUCCAAGAUAAGUGUCGCUCGACGAUAUGGUCAGGCUCAGGCGGAGAUGGGUGCGUCUCGUUUCUUCGCGAAAAGUAUGUCGAGGAAGGCCCACCGAACGGUGGCGACGGCGGCAGCGGUGGAAGCAUCUACAUCCAGGCCGUUGAAGGCCUGACCAGCUUACACAAGCUCGCCCGGAGAGGUGUCAUCAAGGCGGGACGAGGCAAAAACGGACAGGGAAAGAGCAAGGGCGGCAAGCGCGGCGAAGAUGUACUCCUCCAGGUUCCUGUUGGUACCGUCGUACGCGAAGUCGAUCGGUACGACCCGGUCGCGGAGGAGGAACUACGUCAGCGACACGAACGCAUGAAGGGCUCUGAAGAAGCGGAGGAGAUGGAAGAGCAGGAGUUCGGCAUAACAUCGAUUCGCCGCGAUCGUUGGGUUUUGUACCCCGGAGCCAAUCCGUCCGAUUAUUUGACUACGGUAUUUCCGAAAAGUCCGCCGCGGCGGCAGCACAUCGCGUCCUUGGAGCCCAAACAGCCCAUCAGUCUUGAUCUCUCACAUCAUAUGGAUAAACCGAUGUUGCUUUCGGCGGGUGGUGUGGGUGGGAUGGGCAACCCGCACUUCGCGCACCGCGCAAUGAGCCGACCGAAGUUCGCGUCCAGAGGGGAAGGUGGCAAGCGUCUGGAGCUUGAAUUCGAACUCAAGCUUCUUGCGGAUGUUGGACUGGUGGGGAAGCCUAAUGCUGGAAAGAGCACUUUGUUACGCUCAUUGACCAACAGUCGCACACGAGUCGGGAAUUGGGAGUUUACGACGCUUGAACCAAAUAUCGGUACGGUUGUCAUAGAUAAUCACAAGGGAAGACCUCUGGUCGAAUUAGAAGGCCGGAAGCCGCGGACGAACUUUACGAUUGCCGAUAUACCGGGUCUGGUCGAAGGUGCUCACCUUGAUCGCGGCUUAGGAUUGGGUUUCCUGCGACAUAUCGAACGAGCUGGUAUCCUUGCAUUCGUCGUCGACCUUAGUGCCGGUGAUCCCAUUCAAGGUCUCAAGAAUUUAUGGCUUGAGCUUGGUGAAUAUCAACGGAUGCGUGAAGCAGAACAUGCUUUGAAACUCGAGGAACUUGCAUGGCCUGCACCACAAGACCUCAAUCCCCUCCCGGAGCUUAAGAUGCCACCGAUCCAUACCAAGCCUUGGUUUGUCGUGGCCACAAAGGCCGACCUCCCAGAGACUCAGGAGCAGUUUCAAGCGCUGCGGAACUAUCUUGCCGCCGUGGAAAAGGGCGAAGCUGAUCACCCGGGUGGACUGCAAGAAGGGUGGAAAGAAAGAGUCUGCGCUGUUCCCGUGAGCGCCAUCAAGGAAACCUUGGAUACAAACCAAAAAAACCUCCUCCACCUUUGGCCAGUAACAUCUCUAAUCCUUCGCCUUGAUCGCACUAUAUUCAUCAAAAGAGAUAGGGAUAUCUCGGAUGCCAUGAAUACCUCACUUCCAAAAGUCAUCCUCCACGCAAUCACGUCCAUCCGGAGAGUUAACGAGGACGAUCCCAUUGUGAGAUGCCGCGCAGGUCGUUCAAAGGACCUCUCCAAAGUAUUGCUACACGAUCCCGAAGGUGCAAUCAAGGAAGCAGACUCCCACCUACGCGUCUUUCCCUUCAAAGAUGUUGACGUGUGCUGGCGUCGGCUAUACACGGAUGCCAGCAUCCUGAAGGCCUGCCUCAAUGUCUGCACCAAUCUCGUAUUUCCUGCCGCGGCCCACUUGGACGAGAACCAUGCAGGUGAUGAGGACAUUCGCAUUGAUUCCAAAGCUCCGUGGCUUACGCCCACUAUACACUUGCUCGACCGAGCAUUGAUCAUGACUGGCGCGCCCUUGCGCGAGAAUCUUAUCGAGACCCUGAUCAAUGCUCUCCAAGCAUCCACUAGAUCCGCACUGCAGCAUGCAGCACCUAAACAACCAGAGCGCAAUCCUCUCUUCUCCCCGGAUGCAGCACCAGAACCCCAAAUAAAACAUCCCAUUCCUCGCGUCUCGGCUCUGUCGUUUGAGCAGUUCAGAGCGCAUAUCUACAAAUCUCGAACUCCCAUGGUAAUCACUGAUGCCGUGGAACACUGGCCGGCCCUAACGACCCGGCCGUGGUCUUCCCGUGCUUACUGGGAUGAUCGCACGUUCAAUGGUCGAAGGCUCGUGCCCGUGGAGAUUGGUAGAGCCUACACGGAUGACGACUGGGGCCAGCAGAUUAUCCCCUUUAGCGAAUUCGUCGACGAUUACCUGGAUCGGGACCGGAAUCAGGAUGGCCCCACCGGUUAUCUGGCACAGCAUGACCUGCUGACCCAAAUUCCAGCUCUGCGAAACGAUAUCUGUAUCCCUGAUUACUGCUAUGUCAAUCCCCCGGGGCCGGAGCCAGGUACACCCGUGUAUCUCAAGAAGCGGCUGGAAGCGGAGGAAUCCAGGAAGAGAAAGGCUGAGCAGGGAGCAACUAUCACGAACACAGACAUUUAUGCUUCGGAGCAGGUGGAUGCCAGCGCUUUGGAGACCGAAUCCGCAAGCGAUAACUCUGUGAACGAUGAUUCAAGUGGUCCCUACAUCAAUACCUGGAUCGGUCCGUCGUGGACCAUUUCACCCUUGCACCAUGAUCCAUAUCAUAACAUCUUUGUUCAAGUAGUGGGCGCAAAGUACGUUCGACUCUACUCGCCUCAUACGCCCGCCUCGCAGAUCUAUCCUAAGGGAAAGGAGGCUGUGAAUCGAUCAUCGGACGAGAUCUCCAAUGAAGGCGAUAGGCAAGCAGACAUCCAACUUCAAAGGGAAUUAGUUGCAUCCAUCAACGGAGAAGACCCUUCGUCACCAGAGAUGACCGCGAGGGAAGAUGAGCAGUCUCAAGCGAUUGACAUGUCGAAUACCUCGCAGGUGGAUCUGGCAGCCAUUGAAAUGUCCCCGGCCGAGGCUGAACAGUGGGAGGACCUAUGGCCGGGAUUCCUGCAGGCAGAGUACGUCGAGACUAUCAUCAAGGAGGGCGAGUGCCUGUAUAUACCUGUGGGCUGGUGGCAUUAUGUUCGUAGCUUACACGGAGGUAUCAGCGUUAGUUUUUGGUGGGAAUAGUCAAUUGCCCCCUAUGCUUAGAUCGGUAGCAAAAGGC